CCAGGAACUUGCCGCUGCCAACCCCGCUGUCCACGCCGCUCUCGGAGGACGUUUCACUCUCGCAGUACGCCGCAGAUCGGAGGCGGAGGAGAUAAAGUUGGCAGAUAUCUGAUUUGAAGUUUGAUCAUGGCGACUAGACUUCAGUUUGAGAACUCGUGCGAGGUGGGUGUGUUCUCAAAGCUCACCAAUGCUUACUGUUUAGUUGCUAUUGGUGGUUCCGAAAAUUUCUACAGUACGUUUGAGUCGGAGUUAGCAGAUGCUAUCCCUAUUGUUAAGACCUCCAUUGGCGGUACUCGCAUUAUUGGACGCCUUUGUGCUGGAAACAAAAACGGGCUUCUCGUUCCUCACACCACGACUGACCAAGAACUUCAGCACUUGAGAAACAGUCUACCGGAUCAAGUAGUUGUUCAGCGCAUUGAUGAGAGGCUUUCUGCUCUGGGAAAUUGUAUAGCGUGCAACGACCACGUUGCUCUCGCGCAUACAGAUCUUGAUAGGGAAACUGAGGAGAUGAUCGCUGACGUACUGGGAGUAGAAGUUUUUAGGCAGACAAUUGCUGGUAAUAUUCUUGUGGGCAGCUACUGUGCUUUCUCUAACAGAGGUGGUUUGGUCCAUCCCCAUACUUCCAUUGAAGACUUGGAUGAACUUUCAACACUUCUCCAGGUCCCUCUGGUGGCUGGGAGUGUGAACCGUGGUAGUGAAGUGAUAGCUGCUGGGAUGACAGUGAACGAUUGGACAGCAUUCUGUGGUUCAGAUACCACAGCAACAGAACUCUCUGUCAUUGAGAGCGUUUUCAAAUUGAGGGAAGCCCAGCCUAGUGCAAUCGUGGAUGAGAUGAGGAAAUCAUUAAUUGACAGCUACGUUUGAGGCUUGAAGCACGUACAUGUUAAUUUUGACUUGUUUGGCAGUUAUAAUUUAUUCUGUUUUCCUGACGUUUCGAUCAAGAAGCAUGAAUUUUGGAAUUCUUUCUUUCAAUGGUACGAAAGAAUGAAUUAAUUGUAUCUGUUAAUCUGACAGACAAACACCUCCUACCUCUGUAAAUGCUUGUUUGAAUCAUCGGAUGCUCGCCCAAGUUGGGCAGUUUUGUCGCCUAUCGAGAGAGAUCAUUGCUCAUUAGUGAUGGGUAUUGCUGGCCAGCAGCGUUCACCUGGAUGUUCCCUAGUGCUAGGAAAUGACUUCUACUCAACUCAACUCAACAUAUUUUUAAGUGUUCAUCUCUUAAGUGUUUCUUUUUCUUCUUUUGUUUUUCUUUUAAAAAACAAGUGGAUGUGAAUGUGCCAUAUAAACAAAAAUGUUUGAAGAUUGUGAAUGCUGAUUAUGGAUUUUCCAUAUGUUAUGAUUUAUGAUACAUGUUUUGAUGUGA